CACGAUAUUCCUCUCGCUUCAGAUUUGGAGAGGAGGGGAGGAGUUCGCGCUUCCGUGUCCGUCAGUCUCUAGUGGCUGUUCUGAUCGCUCAUAGUUGAUGUGCCUGGAGAUAUUCGGCUUGUGCAGUGGAGAUCCGCGAGCGUUCGAGUGCACCGAGGCACAGCAUGGUUUUCUUCUUCAGAGCGUCGAGGAUUAUUCACUCACCACCCUCGAAUCGUCACUGACAGAUUUUGAGGUGAAGAGGCGGUUGAGGUUGGUUGAGAGCCUUUGCGUCCUGGAGUCGUACCAUGUGCUCAUAUUGCGACGGCCAGCACACUUGAGCACAACAAUCAUUCAAUGCACAUUUGCUGGCUUCGACGGUCUUCAAGGUCCAUCGGAGAGCACUGAUUUGCUUGAAGACUGCUUCAAACUAUUCGCGUCAAUAAUGAAUCCCCAAACGACCUUGCACCAUCCAACAACAACACCUACACCAGCAAUGUGCUGUCUGACACUCCUCGCCGCUGUUUCUGGCAAUUCGAGUAGUGAAGGCGUCUCCAUGUUGAAUGUAUUUUGGAAGCAAGACUUGUUGGAACUCGGACUACAUCGAUGGUGGAAUGCAUGCCAGACCCAGAUACCGAUCGAAAGUCACUUGUCCACCACCUCGCUCUUCCACCUGAUAUUCAUCAACAUCCGCACCAAUGUGGAAUUGCUGCACAAAUCUGCAAGAUGGCAAAUUUGCGGCUCCGCAAGCCAGGGCACCCGUCUCGCAAAUGUUCAGAUAUGGCAGAGCUCCGAGGACUGCGACAUCGCUACUCACCAUGCAAGACAACUCCUUGACGCAGCAAAGCAGUCUGUUGUCUUUGAUAUUCCGUCGGGUCGGCGAACCGGCAAAAGCUACCCGUCCACCAUGCCAACACAGGAGGAAUACGGGAGCCAAAAGGCGGUGGCCGAGGUGCCUCAUCUUGCCAUCGGCGUAUAUGUAGCUACGCUGGUUCUAUGGGCGAAAGCUUUGGCAAGGCAGGAUCCGGAUUGGAGUCUUGCAGGUUCUGCUCUCGAGGAUGGAAUCUUGGUUCUAAGUCGCUUCCAGGUUAGGGUGGCUAUCAAGUUGUGUUGUGCUUUGGGGUGUUUGAGGAAGAUGGUUCUAAGCUAGGGAGCUACGGAACACUGACGCCAGCCAAGAUCAAAUGUACUAUAAGCUCGCCUUUGGGAGGCUCCCCCACGAGACGGGAAUGUCAUGACAUCACCUUAAGGGAACAAGGGGAGUAAGG